AUGACACCUAAGAGGAAUGGCGACGGCAACGCCCGAUCGUACGGGCACGACUCCGAGCCUGCGUCUGAGUGGACGACGCUUUUGGGGGACUCGAGGACUAGGUAUACCCAGGAACCCGGUCCAAUCACGAUUCCUCGGACGGGUAACGUGGACGAUGACUACGGGAGCUCAGGCGACGACCUGGACCCGAACGAGGCGGACCUGUUGAUCGCGCGCAGUUACACGUCUACUGGGUCGGGGCUCGCCCCAGAAUCCUUCGAAUCGGCGUUGCUUAGGGGGCGUCGACGAUCGCGAAGUUCGGCACGGCGGGCGUCGACUAACCGGAGCAUGGUAUCGAUAUCCCCCAGACCUAUACUCAAUGUGCAUCACCAGAUCCAUAGAGAACUACUCGAUUCGCCGUCGUCGGAUGGGAGCUUAGAGGACGAUCUCGAGGCAGCACGCGUCGAGCACGAUAAAUCUCAACCUUCAUUUCUCAUCGACACGGAUAGACGACGGUUUUGGAUUGUGUUUUUAAGCAUUAUGCUUACGCAUUUCAUAGCAUGCUUUGACGGCACCAUCAUGGCAUCGUCUCACCCGGUCAUCACAAGCUACUUCCAUAGCUCUAAUAGCGCUAGUUGGCUAUCGACCGCGUUUCUACUCACCAGCACGGCGUUUCAGCCUGUCAUUGGCCGACUGUCUGAUACUGUAGGCCGCAAGCCGCCGUACCUCGCUAUGACGGUCAUAUUCGCGCUUGCGACACUAUGGUGCGCGCUGGCGCAGAGCAUGACGAGUUUCAUCCUCGCCAGAGCCGCCUGCGGACUUGGUGCUGGAGGCGUGUUGGGUAUGGGGAGUAUCAUAAUUAGCGAUUUGGUGCCUAUCGAACGUCGUGGCUCAUACCAAAGCUAUGUAAACAUUGUCUACGGACUUGCCUCAGCUUUAGGCGCGGCUCUAGGCGGUCUGAUGGCAGACAGUCUCGGCUGGCGUUGGGAAUUUGGCAUCCAGGUCUUUCCCAUCGUCCUCUGCUUCAUAAUAGCUUCUCUCGGUAUCCCUGGGGACCUUGGCCUGCAGAAUAAGCACCAGACGUUCAAGGAGGCUAUGAAGGCGUUUGAUUUUAGGGGAUCGAUACUCCUGACUAUUUCUACUACAUUCUUGAUAUUAGGCUUGAACCUCGGAGGCAACGUCCUGCCCUGGACCCAUCCAUUCGUCCUCUCCUCCCUCGCCAUCUUCACCAUCUGCUUCCCCGCCUGCCUCUACGCAGAAUCAAAACACGAGCGCCCAAUCAUGCCCCUAAUCCUGCUGCACAGCUCCCCCCGCGCCAACAUAAUCUUCUCCAACUUCAUCGCCUCCUUCCUCCUCAACGCAAUCCUCUUCAACACGCCCCUCUUCUUCCAAGCCGUCCUCCUAACCAGCGCCACAACCUCCGGCCUAUACCUCGUCGUCCCCGUCGUCACCGCCAGCGCCGCCGGCACCCUCACCGGAUUCCUAAUCUCCUACACCCGCAGAUUAAAAUGGCCUCUAACCCUCGGCACCCUCUUCUACCUCUCCGGCACCAUGCUCCUCUCCUCCAUGCGUCGCGGGUGGCCUCUCUUCGCAUACCUCCUGUGCCUCGUCCCCUCCAGCAUCGGCCAAGGCUUCCAGUUCCCAGGGACCUUCAUGGCCGUCCUCGCCGCCAGCGAGCACCGCGAACAAGCCGUCGUAACAUCGACCCUUGUCCUCUGGCGCGCUCUCGGCUCCGUCCUCGGCGUCGCGUUUUCUUCCCUCGUGCUGCAGAACGCGCUGCUCCGCUUCUUGAUGGAGUACGUCGUCCCGCCCGCGAGCGAGGCCGAUCCGGUGGCUUGGAAAGCGGCGCUUGUGGAGCGGGUGCGUGAGAGCGUGCAGGCUGUUGCUGCGCUGCCGGAUGGGGUGCUGAAGGACCAGGUCGUUGCGAGUUAUGAGUCUGCUGUGCGUCUUACGUUCUUGUGUCUGGUGGGUUUCGCGGCGGUUAGCGCGUUGAUGAUUGUGCCGGUUAAGUUGCCGAGGUUGGGGGCUAGGAAAUAG